AUGCAUUUCUCCACAACUCGCCUCGCCGCCGGCGUGCUCCUUGCUUCGGCAAGCGCCGCCCAGGCCCGGUUCUCAUACAACCUCCAGGUCUCGUACGACCAGACCAACUUCUUCGACUCGUUCGACUUCCUCAAUGGGCCGGAUCCCACGCACGGCUUCGUCGAGUACGUCGACCAGGCCACCGCGCAGCAAGCCGGUCUCAUUGGCGCUGGUCAGGGCAACAGCAGCAUCUACAUGGGCGUCGACCACACCACCGUCAACCCUGCCAAUGGCCGCAAGUCGGUGCGCAUCACGUCGAAGCAGUCCUUCACCAAGGGUCUCUUCAUCGCCGACAUCGCUCACAUGCCCGGCUCCAUCUGCGGCGUCUGGCCCGCCUACUGGAUGUUUGGCCCGGAAUGGCCGUCUUCCGGAGAAAUCGACAUCAUUGAGGGCGUCAACACCCAGACGCAAAACGCCGUGACCCUUCACACCUCUCCGGGCUGCGUCAUGUCCAACACUGGCUCGCUUGCCUCGACCCUGCUCGAGUCAGGCAACUGCGGCUCCGGCAGCGCCAGCGGUGGCUGCCAGCAGCGGACGAGCGACAACCAGAAUUAUGGAGACGGCUUCAACGAUAUCAAGGGUGGCGUUUACGCCACGGAGUGGACGUCGGAUCACAUUGCCGUCUGGUUCUUCCCCCGCGGCCGCAUUCCGCAGGACAUCACCUCGGGCAAUCCCAAGCCUCACACUUGGAACCACCCCUUGGCGCGUUUUUCCGGCGGCCUGGGCUGCGACAUUGACUCUCACUUCACCAACAACAACAUUGUCUUCGACACCACCUUUUGCGGUGACUGGGCCGGCAACCCCCAGGUCUGGGGAUCCAACGCCGAGUGCACCGCCAAGUCGUGGUCGUGCCAAGACUACGUCUCCAACCACCCUGCCGACUUCAAGGACGCCUUCUGGGAGGUCAACUCGGUCAAGGUCUACCAGCUGGGCGAGUCGCGCGGCAACCCAGGCCAGGGCAACACGUCCACCCGGACAAAGCCCACCGCAACCCUGCCUAUCCAAACCUCGACCCUGCCUCUUCCGAGCUCGGCCCUCAACUCGACCCCGACACUGAUUGUCCCGAGCUCGACUCUGCGUCUCCCGAGUCUCUCGACCCCGACUCUUGCUAUCCCAAGCUCGCCUCUGCUUGUUUCGACCCCGACCUUGCCUAUCCCGACCUCGGACGUGCUUGUCCCAACGUAUGCUCAGCAGGAACUCGCCCCCACAGUCAGCCCACACAUCGUCAAGGUUACCGUCACCAAAUAUGCCACACAGUGGGUGGGGUCUGAGAGUGAAGAAACGCCGACGAGCCAGGUCGCUCCGCCCAGUCAAACCGUUCCCUCAAGCAAGGCUGAGCCGACUUUUGUCCGCCAGGGCAAGCCGACUUUUGUCCGCGGGGGCAAGCCGACGAAGAGCCAGGGCAGCAACCUGGGCGGCUUCAACGCAGAGGGUAGCUAUGUCCCUAAGCCUUUCAAGGCCUAA